AUGACUGCUGCUACUCAAAUACCACCCCUAGAAUCUUCAGCCUCAUCAACAACAGCCAACGGAGCAGACAUCGAGUCCCAACGGACCGAGACGAAAGCUUCUCACUUCAGUUUUAUACUCGAUCAAACAGGCAUCACAGAGGCUGUACUGAAGUACAACUACGCUGGAAAUGGAACGCCAGAGUCGCCUUACCUUGUCGAGUUUCUCCCAAAUGAUCCACGAAAUGCGUUGAAUUUUCCCCGGUCAAAGAAAUGGAUAAUCACUAUCCUCCAGGCUAUAGCCACACUCGCUGUUGCUUUCGCCAGUACAGCCUAUUCAGGAGGUCUCACAUCUAUCAUCACGGAAUUCAAUGUAUCAACUGAGGUUGUCAUUCUAGGUAUCUCGAUGUUCGUGCUCGGGUUUGCUAUUGGACCUUUAUUCUGGGCACCUCUAUCCGAGCUCUAUGGUCGCCAGAUCCCAUUCUUCUUCUCUUACCUGGCCUUGACCGCGUUCAAUGCUGGAGCUGCAGGAGCCCCCACGAUGGCAGCAUUAAUUGUACUUCGCUUUUUUGCCGGUUCCUUCGGGUCUUCACCUUUAACUAAUGCUGGCGGUGUCAUUGCCGACAUGUUCGAAGCUCGUGAGCGCGGUCUUGCCACUGCUCUCUUUGCUAUGGCUCCCUUCCUAGGCCCUACUAUUGGUCCUAUUGCGGGUGGGUUUCUAGGAGAGAGUGAAGGCUGGCGCUGGGUUGAAGGCAUGAUGGCCAUCUUCACAGGCAUUGUCUGGAUAAUCAAUUCAUUGGUGAUCCCCGAGACCUACGCCCCCUACUUACUACGGCGCCGAGCAGCUGCCCUUUCUAAGAAAACUGGAAAGAUCUAUAUCUCCAAAGUCGACGCCGGGAGACCUCGCCAUACUGUUACGGAACAGUUUAAAAUCGCUUUACUACGCCCAUGGGUUUUAUUGUUCAAAGAACCUAUCGUUCUACUCACCUCGAUCUAUAUGGCCAUUAUCUAUGGUACACUGUACCUUUGCUUUGCGGCUUUCCCGAUCGUGUUCCAACAGGGGCGCGGUUGGAGCCCAGGGGUCGGAGGACUUGCCUUUAUUGGCAUUGCUGUAGGUAUGGUGUUUGCAGUUGUCGGUACAAUACUGGACCAGAAACGAUAUAUGCGUGUUGUCGAGGCCAAUGGCGGUGCUGCACCUCCCGAAGCCAGACUUCCGCCUACUCUGGUUGGGUCGAUACUUAUCCCAGUAGGACUGUUUUGGUUUGCCUGGACCAAUGGGCCUGAUGUUCACUGGAUCGUGUCCAUCAUCGGGUCGGUCUUCUUUGCGACUGGCCUGGUUUUGGUUUUCCUCUCAUUGUUAAACUAUCUCGUCGACUCAUAUGUCAUCUUCGCCGCCUCCGUAUUGGCCGCGAAUUCGGUCCUUCGCUCGCUCUUUGGUGCCGCCUUCCCGCUCUUCACAACGUACAUGUACGACGAUCUCGGUAUUCACUGGGCCAGUUCCAUCCCCGCAUUUCUAGCCGUCGCCUGCGUUCCCUUUCCGUUUCUAUUCUACACAUAUGGCGAAACUAUCAGGAUGAGAUGCGAGUUUGCAUCGGAAGCGGCCAAUGUGUUAGAGCGGAUGCGCACUAAACAUGAGGUUAUCACCGAAGACCAGGCCGCUGAAGAGGCGCACGAGGCCGAGUUGGAGCGCCGAGCAAGUAACGCGCUUCGACGGAGCUUGACUAAGUCGCAUUAG